AUAGUGAAUGAAUAUGAAAAAUGCCUCGGACGACGUGAAGACAUACAUAAGGAAUGCACGGCAGAAAGCGUGCAGUGGCGGCUCCCUAAUGGAGGCAACUGGCAGAAUUCGAAAGCGGCCACAAUAAAGAAUGUUGCCGUCAUUGGUGGUGGCACCAUGGGAAGAGGAAUUGCCAUAUCCCUCGCUCAAGCUGGUUACCAUACUACACUUGUUGAGAACGAUAGCGAGACGAUGGAAAAUUGCGCCUCUGAUCGACAGUGCACGCCCAUUUAUGUAAAGGAAGGGACUUCUGGAGAGGGAAGGACUUGUGAUAACAAGGGUGGGUGA